AUGGAAUUGCCCCCUGGAUUGGCUGUCAAAGCAGAAAACAAAGUUUGUAAACUUCUCAAGAGCCUUUAUGGUUUAAAACAGGCCUCUAGACAAUGGUUUGCAAAACUGUCCACUGCUCUACUUGAUUAUGGUUUCACUCAAGGAAAUUCAUAUUGUUCUUUGUUCAUUAAGAAAUUUGAAUCCUCUUUUAUAGCACUCCUAGUCUAUGUAGAUGAUGUUUUACUAGCUAGUGACAGUUUACAAGAAAUUGAAUUGCUCAAAAAUUUCUUACAUGACAAGUGCACAAUUAAAAAUUUGGGGGAACUCAAAUACUUCCUUGGCUUGGAAGUGGCGAGGUCUAAAAAUGGCAUAUCAAUCUGUCAAAGAAAAUAUGCCUUGGACAUACUUCAAGACACUGGAAUUAUUGGUGCUAAGCCUGCUGCCUUCCCAAUGGAGUCGAAUCUUAAACUUACUGUAACAGAUUCUGAUCUCUAUGAAGAUCCUUCAGCUUAUAGAAGGAUGGUUGGAAGAUUAUUGUCCCUUACAAUCACUAGACCUGACCUUGCAUAUUCAGUUCAAGUUCUGAGUCAAUUCCUUGCCAAACCAGCUGUUAGCCAUUACCAAGCAGCUAUUAGAGUACUCAGAUAUCUAAAAGCUACACCAGGACAAGGUCUAUUCUUCUCAUCUUCAUCAGAAUUACAACUAAAGGCCUUCUCAGACAGUGACUGGGCAGGGUGUGUUGAUACUAGAAGGAGUGUAACAGGUUUUGUUAUUUUCCUAGGCAACUCAUUAAUCUCAUGGAAAAGUAAAAAGCAGGCCACCAUUAGCAGGUCUUCUGUAGAAGCAGAAUACAGAGCCCUUGCUUCAACUACCUGUGAGAUCCAAUGGCUCCUCUAUGGCUUGCAAGACUUAAACAUCAGCCACCAACAACCAACACUACUUUAUACAGACAGCAAAUCAGCCUUAUCUAUUGCUACCAAUCCAGUUUAG